AUGACGUACGCUGUGAGCAUCGUUGUUGCUGGAGCUUCGGUCGCCGCGCUUGUGACCAACCCAGCGUAUUGCAAGAACGUGCUGCUCGGGAUAGUCAGAGCCAUGGGUGUUGGUGCUCCAGGAGGCAUAUGGAGGUUCAUUGCCAUUCUGCUGGCCCUGGCAAACCUGAAGAAUCUGCCAUUUGUGUGGCACAUACGCAUUUUCCGCGCCCUCAUCUACCACGUCUACUUCCAACCGACCCCAAUCCCACCGCACGCACUCUUCCAGCCUGUAAUCACAUCGACCCGCACCCCGCUCCUCGAAACAGACUACAACCUGCACAAAUCGAACAGCACUUACUUUGCCGACAUGGACAUAUCGCGAACCCACCUCUUCACAGCCAUCAUCCGCAACGGCAUCAAGAAGAACAGUCGUCUGUACGGCGCCCGCAAAUCUCAGCUCGACGGCGCAACCGGCGCCACGGACGGCACGCGCGGGAGCCACAUCAUCGCCCUGGGCGGCAUAGUGUGUAAUUUCAAGCGCGAGAUUCUGCCGUACCAAAAGUUCGAAAUGUGGACUAGGCUGCUGUGUUGGGACAGGAAGUGGUUUUAUCUCGUCACGCAUCUGGUCAAACCUGGGGUUGGCAAGCCCGAGAGCUGGUCGCUGCAGCCGUGGAGGAAGACAAGGAAGCCGUCCAAGGAUGUCACCGAGGAGGACUUGCUGAAAGCCGUAUAUGCGACAGGUAUUGCCAAGUACGUUAUCAAGAGGGGAAGGAUCACUGUGCCUCCUGAGCAGGCGCUCAUGGAUGCGGAUAUGGUUCCUGCGAAGCCAGACGGCUGGAUCUGGCAGGGUGCUGAUGCGAACGGGCAUGCGAAUGGUCUACUACCUAAGCUUGAUGAAGGGACAGAAUGGAAUUGGGACAUUAUUGAGGCUGAGAGGCAGCGUGGGUUGAAGAUCGCACAGAAAUUCGCCGAGAUGGACGGCAUGCAUGAGUACUUCGAUGGUGGCAAGAAGGGUGCGCUGGGCGAGUAUCCAGAUCUGCUGUUCUAG